AUGCAACACAAGGACACAGCAGUAGCGAAGGACACAACAAAAAAACGUUUACUGAGAAGGAAUAGUGCGCCAUCAGCUAUACAUAUAAUUUCACAAUUGGACAAAAAGUGGUCCUUCCUAUGGAAUACCAUAGAUAGACACAGCAUUAUUGAAGAGCAAGAUAAAAGGAGUGAUGCGAAAAGAGAAGAAGAACGAGAGGAUGAUUAUGAGUUAGAACAAUUACUGAACAUGGUAAGAAUACCGAUGUUCCUAGAAAAGUUCAUGCUGUUUGCACUCUUAACAAGCUUGGACUGUUUUUUAUAUUACUUUACUGUAUUACCGAUACGACUGAUAAAAGGAUAUGUAAAGCAAUUCAAGAGUCAUCGUCAACAUUAUCGCCUACAACAAAGGUCCGGGCAUAAGCAUAAAAUACCCUUUCGAUAUAAAGUAACUUCUAGGGAAUAUAAAGAGAGAUGUAUGAUUUUUAUCAUCGUGAUUUCGUCCAUUUUGUUGAGCAAACUAGACACUUCAAAACUGUAUCACAGGAUAAAACGGCAAAGUGCAAUGAAAUUGUACAUGCUAUUCAGUGUGCUGGAAAUGGCGGACAAAAUGUUGGCAAGCUUGGGCCAAAGCUUGUUAACCGUUAUGCUUUCUAGAAAAAACUCGCAACGGAUAUUACUGCAUAGAUGUUUGUUAGUGUCAAUGAGCUUGAUAUAUGUGACCAUACACGGCUAUGUAUUGGUUUACCAGGCCAUUUCACUAAACAUAGCCGUGAAUUCGUAUUCAAAUGCUCUGCUAACUUUAUUACUAUCUAUGCAAUUUGCAGAGAUUAAAUCAUCCGUUUUAAAAAAAUUCGAUAAAGAGGGAUUUUUCCAAAUUACCAUUGCAGACGUGGUAGAAAGAUUCAAGUUGACCCUAUUAUUGUCAAUAACUGGUCUUAGAAACCUCCGGUCAUGGACAUCCUCACUAUCGAACACUAGCAUCAAUUUCUGGAGCCCACGUUCUACAUUGUCAGUUGUCAUAAAUAUCCUUUGCGGGCCGAUGGUAAGUGUAGUAGGGAGCGAAGUAAUAGUGGAUUGGGCCAAGCAUGCCUACAUUACAAAAUUCAAUCGGAUACGUCCACAGAUAUAUGAUAAGUUCUAUUAUAUAUUAUACAGAGAUUAUUCCACUAGAACGCACAAAUUAGAAGAUAGAUUGGGAUUACCUUUACCCGCGUCCGUUGUUCUUUUCGUUGUAAUGGUGAGGCCAACCCUUUUCAAGUCGCCAGAGUCUUCUUACCUUCCAUCACUAUUCAGGAUCUUCUUCAUGGGGGCAUCAGUGUUUUUGCUAGCAUUGCUGUCAAAAUUCGUGCUAGAUCUUAUUUUAAUCAAGUGGAGCAAACGCAUAGGGCAACGGUUCAGGGACCAAGCUCUCAGUACCGCCGUAACAGAGGAAGAAUACGUCCCAGGUUUACUCUCGGGCGGUAUGGGCAAGAUCGACGUGGCUACAAGAAUUGCAUUACAUUCUGACUAUAACAAAGAGAAUCAAAUAGAGACACAAAGUGCAUCGCCAACGCGGAAAAGAGGAGAUCCUUUAGCUGCUGGAUGUAUUCCUCCUAGCUUAAAUGAGAUGAGAAAACAGAAAGACUCCAAGAACCCACGAUCGCUUGAAAAUGUCGCUCGCUAUAAAAUGGUAUCGAAGAGAAUAUGGUAA